GUUCCGUCGAAGCUCGAGGAUAUGUUUCCCUUGUUGGAACGACCAAGUUGAAAUAACAGGACCCGGGUGCAUUAAAGACAAUGUAAGUCGCCAAUCAGGCAUAAUAUGCAUCUCCCCCAUUGAUUGUCUUCACAAACUUGAUGUGGCAUCUCAUCUUUUGUCCUUAAUUAGUGAUCAAAAACUGCUCACGAUGUGUUGGGGUCUAACAUAUCCUGAACACUCUACCACUUAAAAAGCACUCACAAUCUGUUUUCUAAACAUUGGACUUUCAGCUCCCAUUUUCAGCUCAAGUUCUUACUCCGUUUUCUUUCUCCUUGCCAUCCGGCUCUUUGACCCUCAAGGCACCAUGGAUCGUCUCCGUCGUGCUUUUAAAAUCUCCUCUUCGUCUGCGACGAAGCGAAAUGUCCCCUCCGCUAAUGCAAAGUCCACAAAGAAGGACAAUCUCAAACACACCAAAUCCAUGCCUAUUCGCAGCUCCCUAUACGGUCUCGAAUAUUCUCCAAAUAAUUAUCCUCCGUCUCCCACUCCCAGGAAUAUCAUCAAGUCUGCAAAGAUCUAUACCUCGCGAUUCACGCCUCGCACCAAGCCGGCAGCCUCUCAACCAGUACCAAAGAACGUGAAUGCGGACCUCCAGGAGGAGGAAGAUUAUGAAAAUGUCCUUGACAUCCACUCCGGAGUGACCGUCAUCACCCGCGAGGACCUCGAUGCCUUUCCGAUGCCUCCAGAUAUUUUCCCGCCCAAUCCCCCGAAGCUCCAGGCAUUCUAUGAUGCACAGAAUGAAGAACGUCGUCGCCGCAAGGAGCAAAAAAUGGAGGAACAGCGUGCCCGCUAUGGAUACAAAACUGUGCACGGGAACGCGUCUACGCCAACGGUGUAUCAUCAUGGCUCGACCCGCCAGAAGCUCACCUCUUCUUCUACGGUGAACGUCAGCACGGCGUCGCAUCGGGGACGUUCACGUUUCUCGAAGCCGCUCCCCCCUUGCCCUGGUGACUGGCAGCAACACCUGAAUUCGCCCUCGACGACCUCCUUGCACCCCGACAACCAGACUCACACAUCUCGCCACCGUCAAGGGUCUACUACAUCCCAUCGUUCUCGCUCGCGUGCAACGCCUAGCCACCAGCGAGUCCAAGAGCACAGCAAGUACAUGACUGAACAAGGAAUGGCUUCCUAUCCUGACAUCGAGGCUCUUGCGGCUGUCCGGAGAGGUCACGCUGUAUUCCAACAGGGAUCUGAUCAUCGCAAAUCUCAUCGAGUGGAAAUGUUCUUCAAUCCCGACGAUGAGCCAGUUCCGGUUAAUGUCGGUCAGAUACAACAGCAAGUCGACGACUACCUCUCGUCCCAAAAUCUGGCGCCUGGAUGAGGGAAGCCCUUCUAAAAUGCCUUGUAUUGAAUGUUGCCCUGGUCAGGCUUUUCAGCCCUGUUUCGUUCUUUCGAAGUCUAUCCUGUCUGUUUUUCAAAUGCUUAUUACCACCGUUGACGGUGUUGUCCUGUCUCUCCUUACUUGGUACUCCAAUUCUCAUCUAGCAACUUCUGUCAUUACAUCUAUCGGUAUCUAGCGCUUCAUUAUGGUUUCGUGUCUUUGGAAACAAUCCAGUGUCCUUUUCAACGGCAGUCUGGCCAGUCUGUGCGCAUAAAUGGAUCAUCUGCAAUUUCUCAACACACCUCCCCUUCGGCAUUCCAUAUUGCGCGUACUGUGAAGGAAAACGUUCUUGUAAGACUGCGCAUUACCAUGUAUGAAGGUACAACG